AUGCCAGCCCAUCAUCCCAAACAGCCGCCGCCUCCUCAACCGACGCGCGUCUUCUUCGACCCGUUCAACUCGUCCUCGACGGGCCACCAACGCGCCGAAAAUCGACUGUCGGGAUCCACGUCGUGGCGCGAUUCUCGGACCUACAAACUCUCACACCAGUUCAGGGACGCGACCGGUCGCGGCGGUCAUGAGCAUCUCGCCGAUCUGGUCGGCGCGGGGAGCGAGAAUUUUGGUCAGGAUGGGCGCAAGGCCAACGGCGACUGGCGGGAGGGGACGCAGGGGUUGAGGGAGAAAGGACGGCAGGAUAUCCGAGAUUUGAUGAGUGGCACGAAGAAACGACCGAGUAGUGGGAAGAUAUUAAUAGUGGAAGACAACACCGAAUCUGCAAACUACAAGCGGCUAAAGACAAGCCACGAUGGCCCCCAACUCCGCCACCACAAGGAUGAGGCAGAACCUCCUUCCCUAUCACAUCCGCGACAGCAAGACGACCGAGAUGACAAGAACACUAUUAGCAACACUGCUUCUCUUCCUCUUCCUCUGCCGCCGCCGCAGUCUCAACCGCCCCAAAUCUUCCGCAACUUGACCAUGUACCUCAACGGGAGUUCCUUCCCCGUCAUCUCCGACCACAAGCUCAAACACCUCUUUGCCCAACACGGCGGCAACACCUCCAUUUCCCUGGGCCGUCGGACCGUCACGCACGUCAUCCUGGGCAGCAAUGCCGCUGGCGGCGGCGGCUUGGCGGGCGGCAAGAUCCAGAAGGAGGUGGCACUCGUGCGUGGCAAGGGCGUGAAAUAUGUCACGGCACAGUGGGUGGUGGACAGUGUUGCGAGGGGCGUCAGACAGCCUGAGAGCAGAUACGUGCCCCACGGUGUUGGUGCGAGGAUCGGAGGGAGCCGCCAGGUGAGUGUGAGGCAGAUGUUUCAGAAUAUCUAA